AGUCGUUUUGUAGUCUGUUUCCGGCACUGUCGUUAGCUCGCCAGCGUCAGUGCAGAAUUACUUUGCUUUAACAUGUAGUUAGUUAAGCGAAAUGCUCGUCUCGCUAGUAGUUUUACUUUGCUUUCGGGAUAUUAUUCGUUUAUUUGUGUUUUUUGCUAGCUAGCUAAGAUGUUGCUAAGGACAGGGCCGAGUUGGCAUAUCGUAUCCAGCCGUAUUAUGUAAACAGGAUUGGGAGCCAUGAGCUACCCUGGAUACCCCCCUCAGGCAGGCGGAUACCCACCACAGCCUGGGGCUUACCCUCCACAACCUGGUGCAUACCCACCUCAGCCUGGAGCUUACCCUCCACAAGCAGGAGGCUUCCCACCGCAGCCAAGUGGCUACCCUCCUCAGCCUGGCGGCUAUCCUCCACAGGCUGGUGGCUUUCCACCACAAAUGGGAGGCUAUCCUCCACAGGCUGGAGGUUACCCCCAGGCACCACCACCAGGUAGCUGGGGUGGUGGCCCUACCGGUGGUUAUCCUUCCAUAGGUCUUGACAGCUUAUCCAACCCUGGAUACAAUGCUGGCAUGGCCAACCAGAUGUCUGCAGGCAUGGGGGGUUUUACUCCAAACCCAUCCAUGUUCACCCAAGCCCCCGGGGGGUACCCACCUGCCCCUCAGCCAGGCGGGUAUGGUGCCCCCUCCCCUAACCAACAGUCAUAUGGCCUGUACCCACAGCCAGGAGGGGCCAUGCCCCAACCCCAAGGCCCAGGGAUGGGCUUCCCUGGUCAGCCAGGCCAACCUAUGCCUGGUUACCCUCAAGCACCAUCACCCAACCCACCCAUGCCGGGUUAUGGAGGAGCACCAGCACCUAUGCCAACGUACCCAAAAGUCCCUUCACCAAAUCCAUCAAUGCCAGCCUAUGGAGGAGGAGGAGGAGGAGCCAUGCCGGUAGCUCCACCUAUCAAUAGAGGAUUCAGAGGAUCCAUCAAGGACUUUCCUGGAGCUGACCCACUCAGAGAUGUGGAAGUCCUGAGAAAGGCCAUGAAGGGCUUCGGAACUGAUGAGCAAGCCAUCAUCGAGUUAUUGGGGAGUCGUUCCAACAAGCAGCGCGUUCCUUUGCCUCGGGCUUACAAAACCUCCUAUGGGAAGGAUCUGAUUAAGGAUCUGCAUUCAGAACUGUCUGGGGACUUCAGGAAGCUGGUCAUGGCCAUGUUGAGAGCCCCAGCUGAGUUUGAUGCCUAUGAGCUCUACAGUGCCAUAAAGGGAGCCGGAACUGAUGAAGCCUGUCUGAUAGAGAUCCUGUCUUCCCGCUCCAAUGCUGAAAUCAGGGAGAUAAAUCGUAUUUACAAACAAGAAUAUAAGAAGUCCCUGGAGGAUGCCAUUAGUGGGGAUACCUCAGGCCACUUCCGUAGACUCCUGAUCUCUCUUGCCCAGGGUAAUCGUGAUGAACGGGAAACUGUUGACAUCGCUAUAGCUAAACAAGAUGCCCAGGCUCUGUAUGCUGCUGGAGAGAACAAGCUGGGAACAGAUGAGUCCAAAUUCAAUGCCAUUUUAUGCGCCAGGAGCAAACCCCAUCUCAGAGCAGUGUUUCAGGAGUACCAGAGAAUGUGUGGCAGGGAUAUCGAGAAGAGCAUCGAGAGGGAGAUGUCCGGAGACCUUGAGAGUGGCAUGCUGGCAGUGGUGAAGUGUAUUAAGAAUACACCUGCCUACUUUGCUGAGAGGCUUUACAAGGCCAUGAAGGGAGCUGGGACCAAAGACAAAACCCUCAUCCGGAUCAUGGUCACCCGUUCCGAGGUGGACAUGCUGGACAUCCGUCAGGAAUAUGUGAAAAACUACGGCAAGUCACUGUACACACACAUCUCCGGAGACACAUCAGGUGACUACAAAAAACUCCUAUUGAAGCUCUGCGGCGGCAGUGACUGAAAAGGAAACAAUGUCUAAUGCAUUACAUACAUUUUCUAUAAUAAUCUGCUUCCUGCCUUACAAAUAUGCACUAUACUUAAACUGCAAACCUGCAUGCCAUGCCAAUGCUCUCGCAAUGCAACGUUUACUUGGUUGUAAGAACCUAUUACAUAUCGCUACAUAUUAUUUCUUUUUCUAUAUAUGGUGUGCACAGAAAGGUUUUAUAUUUUUACAAUUGUAACAUCUUUGCUGGAUAUUUCAGUUUAAUAUACAUGGCCAUACUAAAAACUUGUUAGAGAUUACAUUUGAAUUUUAAGAGCUAUAUAUUUUUAAGAUGUUUUAUUUCAGUUGUGCCAAUAUGAUCAGUUAUCCAAUGAUAUCUGGUCAUUUAUGAGCUAUAACAUUCAGCAAUGCUGAAUAAAGUAUAAGACAUAGACUACAUAGCAGCUAAGUACCAAAGUUGUCCGUUACUAUUCCCGCAAUUGUACAAUCUCUUCUUCAAUUUGUCUGUGCUUUUUUUUUCUGUUUAUCAUAGAUGUGCUGUACUUGUGUAUCAUAUAUCUGUCAUUCUAAGCAUGUAAAACUGUGUCACAUCAUCAUUAAAUUGUGAGUGACUUUA